GUCUGCAAUCGUAAAGCACAAAUUGCAGAAAGAAACAAAAUAAAAUAAAAUAAAAAGAAAAAAAAGAAUAAGGCACAUGCAACAUAUUGUUGCAGCAGCUAAUGCAGACCAAUAAUUUACGCUUCUUCUCAUUCUCCCAUCCACCAUAGCCGUACGGAAAAUCCAUCCUCGGAUCGGAGCCCCAAACCAGUACGGCCCCAGAAACACCAGAACCUCUGCCCUGCUCUUAGAUCCAAGGCUGCAACUCUAAUCCUCUUAGAGUUUUCUUUUUUCCUUUUCUAGGGUUUCUGAAUUCUAUUUUGGGGCUAGAAAUUUCAUUAAUUUGGGAUGGAGGUUGUCGACGUCUUGGACUCUAAACCCUCGGUCAUGGUCAAUAUUAAUACCGAUAAUUCCGACAACGAUCGCGUCCUCGUUAAGAGGAAGACCUUGCAGGCUGUGCUCCAGCAGUGCCAGAGAGCUCUCGAAUUGCUCGAAACGACCGGCGGUGUUGUUGAUGAUGACGAAGACGAUGACGGUGACGGUGAAGAGAACGACAACGCAGCUGAUAACGCCGCCGGCGACGACCGGAGCAGCGGAGAGGCCGAGGAGUUGUGUGAGCUUCUUAAAUCUAGAGUUGAAUGCCCUGAUUUCCUUGAAAAGUUGGCUUGCGCACAAGCGUCUAUUCCACAAAAUUUGACAGCAGAAGAAGGUAAUUCUUGGGAUGUGGUCAGUGCUAAUGAUUUAUGGGAGGGAGAGAACACUGAUUUGAAAGAAGAUGAGUAUGUUCUCGUGAGUCAGGAGGAUAUAUUAGAGGGCAUUGCAUGUUUUAUGACAGCAUACUUGGAGAGCAUUAAACAGACUAAGGAUUUGCCUCCUAAUCAACUCCAAGAAGCCCUUCGGAAAACAUUUUCUGUGAAAAAGAAGAAGGGAAAGCUUCGAAAGGCCUGGGAUGGAAGCAAAGUCAUUUACAACGUAGCAUCCUGGGGUGCCACUGCGAUUGGGAUAUACCAAAACCCUGUAAUUAUAAGAGUUGCAUCCAAAGCCUUCUGGACGUCUUGCCAUGUAUUAUCAAAGCUUCUCUAACCUGGUCCCUUUCACUUUGCUUUAAAAUGGUAUUAUAGUUUGGAACUCAAGUUUAUUUGUGGGCUGUGGUUGCCAAUUCAAUUGGGUAUGAUUUCUUGUAAUAUUAUGGGCCUUGUUUUCUUGCUACGAAUCGAUUGGUUCCGACUUCCUGAAAGUAAUCUAAUCUUGUAAAUAUUUUUCUUCUCUA